ACAGUUCUUACCAUGCGAGGAGCAGCAACAGCCAUGAAAUGAACAAUGUUGACGCAUUAUUCAAUUGCAGCGUGACACACGCCUCUCCGAUUCACCAUUGACUCAGAUCUGAUGACCUCUGCAAACGAAUCAUGUGGCCUGCAUUAUUUAGACCUACUAACAGAUCUUGUCGAGACUGGUCACUUCACUCACCAACCGUAGGCGCUCACUCUACUACAUAUCCAGUUAUCCAGAGAGAGGGAGAGAGAGACGGAGGAGCGAUCCCGAGAGCAGAAGCAAUGGCCGGAGACGGAGACCUGAAGCUGCUGGGGUUGAUGGUGAGCCCGUUCGUGACCCGCGUCCGGCUGGCGCUGCACAUGAAGGGCGUGGGCUACGAGUACAUCGAGACGGACGUGCUGGACAAGGGCGAGCUCCUCCUCCGCUACAACCCGGUGCACAAGAAGGUGCCCGUGCUCAUCCACAACGGCGUGCCGCUCUGCGAGUCGCAGGUCAUCGUGCAGUACGUCGACGAGGUCUGGUCCGCCGGCGCCCCCAUCCUCCCCGCCGACCCCUACGCCCGCGCCACCGCCCGCUUCUGGGCCGCCUACGUCGACGACAAGCUGUUCCCCGCCUGGCUAGGCAUCCUCCUGGCGCCGACCGAGGCGGCGAGGGCGGAGAAGGUCGACGCGACGCUCGCCGCGCUCGCGCAGCUGGAGGUGGCCGCGGCCGAGUGCCUGGACGGCGGCAGGAGGCCCUUGUUCGGCGGCGACUCCAUCGGGUUCCUCGACCUCGCCGUCGGGUGCAACAUGUUCUGGAUGGAGGCGCUGCGCAGAAUGUUCGGCGUGACGUUCCUCGACGCCGGCAGGACCCCGCUGCUGGCCGCGUGGGCGGGGCGGUUCGCGGCCACCGAGGCGGCGACGGCGGUGGUGCCGGACCCGGACGCCGCGGUGGCGUUCGCCAGGAAGCUUCAGGCCAAAUACGGCGCCGCCCCGCCUGCCAACUGAAUGCAGCAACUUGCAUCGGUCCAGUUGACUCCCAAGUAGUGGUGCUCAUCGUGGAAAUAAGCCGGGAAUCCGAUGUGUGCUUUGGAACAUGUAGGAGUACUUGGUGACUCGUGUAAUAAAGCCAUGGAAGAAAUCAUAUAUCAUCUUUUUUA